GCGCGAUCGUACCUCGUCAACACCCUCCGUCGUCUGUGUAUAUAUAACCAGGCAUCCCUCUCCCCAAACCGUACCAGUCAACGAGCCUCGUCCGCAGUCAUCCUACCGCAAUGUCUAUCAAAUGCGUCAUUUUGAGCCUCUACUUCCUAGUCUUUGGGUUUACUACCAACACGCUAGCGUCCUUUAAAUGCUCUUGCGACUCGACUUGUCAAGCUACCACGACAACCGGCAAGUAUACCGGCACCCUAGACUCUGACGGUGUUCACUUCCUCAGCAUCAGGUAUGCCGAGCCUCCUACCGGCAAGCUGAGAUUUAGCGACCCUACAGUUUUUGUCCCGAGCAAGAGUAAAAAAUACGAUGGAACCGCGCUACCGCCUUACUGCCCUCAAGGCGUCUACGACAACGAGUCCGAAGACUGUCUUUUUCUGAACGUUUUCAGACCCACCCCGGUUGUUGGCGAGUCCGCGCUCCAUGUCUUUGUCUGGGUCCACGGCGGAUCGUUUGCGUACGGUGGCUCCGCUGAUCCGGUGAUUUACGGAGCCGAGCUUGCGAAAGCAAAGAACAUGAUUGUUGUCACGCUGAACUAUCGUCUUGGAGUUCUCGGUCUCUUCGACGACGGCAACAACACAAACUAUGCCAUCAAGGAUGUGAUCUUGGCGCUGAAAUGGGUCAAAAAUAACAUUGCUUUGUUUCAUGGCAACCCAUCAACUAUUACCGUUGGCGGCCAAAGUUCUGGCGCAACUCUCAUCAGAGCUCUUCUGUCAACCAGCGAGGCCUCAGGUCUGUUCACGAAAGCAAUUAUGAUGUCUGAUCCCGCGGAUUAUGGAUUCAACACCCGUACGACAUCUUAUGAUAUAAUCACCGCAUUCCUGUACAACCAAACCGGAUGCUCUGACAUUAGCUGCAUGCGUGCUCUGGAGAUUGAUAAUAUCCUGACUGCGCAAAACACUCUGUUUGCUGAUGCUCUCGCAAUCGGUAAUGGUGUUAGUAUGUCGCAGCCUAUGGUUCCAGUGAUCGACAAGGACCUGAUUUAUGAAGAUUUCUCUCUUUACGUGGCCGACGGGAAACUUCCUGUCCAAGUACCGCUUCUGAUGGGAGUUGUGAAAGACGAGGCGAAUCCCACGAUCGAAAGCAUUCUAAGCAGCGCGAUUCCUUCGGCUUACUAUGCGGCCGUCCUGGACGAGUUUCUCGGGGAUAGCCGUACAGUUACCGUUGUAAGCUCGGGAUUGUUCCCUGUUGACGAGAGCAGCGACGACGGGACAAGACUUGAGCUUGCGCACGUUGCAACACUGUUCUACUGGACCUGCCCCGUACAGGCCGGUGCGGUUUCGCUUGCGGAGACCUACUCGAAAGACAUUUAUUUGUACGAGAUGGGGGUUGGAAUAACAUACCCAAGCGACGACGGUCUCUCGCUGUGUAGCGGCAGCUAUGUAUGCCACGAGGCAGAUCUGUACCCGUUAUUUGGCACAUUCAACUCAUCGGCCGUAACCUCUGCGCAAAAGGCACUGAGUGCGGAAGUCCAGGAGCGUUGGUCCAAAUUCAUCAAGACCGGAAAUCCUAACGGGUCAAAGUACAAGCAGUGGAACCCUGUCGAGGGUGCAAACUCGGCUAAUGCCCUUCUGCUUGGAUCCGAGACUUUUAACAGCAGUCUUUACCAGGCUCAGUGUGCUAUUAUGGGCAGCUCGGUACCGUUUGAUUACCAGUUGUACUCGCAGAGCUAGACCCUCAGAAAGACUGUUUGACCUCUGCGUGUAAUUU